UGAAAGUGGAUUCUAUUAUACACUACCGCCUUUUGUCGCUUUUCCUACUCCUAUUGCCGUCAGGUCUCUUACCCUAUAAAACUCAACCCUCCUUCCUUCCCAAACUUCACACAUUCACAUUUCUCUCUGUAAAUUCCCAAGGUUUUGAAUUUCCUCCUUCUCUUUCGUAGCAACAGCUCGAAUUUUUGGAUCUGAUUUUGUGAGAUUUUAGAUGGGUGUUCAAGUUCUCAGUCCCCACAAUUGCCUCAAAGACUCUCUCUCACCUCAUCAAGCGCUGAUGAAUUCCAAUCGAAACCCUAACCCUAAUCGGGUCAGAACCUCUCCCCAAGCCGACCGGAAGAAGCGAAGGCCGACCCGGCCACCCGCUCCGGUCCAGAAACCCGCCGCCCCAAAGAAUAUCGUCAUGGGCCAGGUCAAAAUCCUUAAACGCGGCGAGGAAAUCCCCAAAGCGACGCCGGUUCGGUCACCACCGAAGCAGAAUCCCAAACCCCAGGUUCCGGAUCUCGGAUCCACCAGCCGGAUCGGUCCUGACCCGAACAAGGUUCCGGUUCUUCCGAAGCCGGCCAAACUACCGGAACCCAACUGGGCUUCCGGGUUCUACGCCGGGUCGUCGUCGUGCAUAGCUGCGCCUCCCCCAGAGUCCCUACCUCUGCCGUCGUUCUUCGCAAAGAAGAGCGCCCCUUCGAGCACCGAUGAAGCUGCAAGCGUGCUGCUGAAGCUUCUGCGGCUCAAUUUGUCGUAGAUGGGUCGCCGGUCCAUGGCGGACCAAGCAUGUGCAGCAGUAUAGAGACCCCGUCUGGCUAAUGUUCGUCGAAUUGUCUAAUUCUCGCCCUUCCCCUUAUCUUUUCGUGGGAAGAUAGAUGGAUGAGGUCACAAUUCGACCUAACGCUUUUUCUUCUUCUUAGAUUAAUUUAUGGGCUAGGGAUUUUAAUUAUGUGCAGCAGUACCAAGGCUUAAUUUUUCUUGUUUCUUUAAAUUUGGUUUUUGUUUUUAAUUAAAUUAGGGUUUGGUUGCAUUUCCUUUGUGUCUCACAGUACAAGUAUAAGAUUAGAUUAGGGUUGGAAGGUAUAGUUUUUCAGGAGCUGUAUCUGUAAAAUUAGGGUAUAUCUGUGUCCUAAGUUGCUUAUAGUUGCAAAUAUGUUAUCAGUGAAAUUUGGUUUUAAUUAUAUUGGUGUUUUGUUUAAUUAUAUUCGUA